AUGGACCAAAUUAAAUUAGUGAUCAAUGACGCUAGUGAUAAAGUAACAAAUGUAGCACAUGAUAUGAGCAAGACAUUAGAAAAUGUGACUAGUACCAAAAAGAAUCAAACAAAUUCAGACACGACGUCAACUAAUGCGUCAUCGGAUUCGCUAAUUAGUACAUGUCCAAAUUUAACAAAAAAGCAGCGAAUGACCGGUUUUGGGUCGUGUUUUGUGCUUGGGUUUUUUAUCAAUUUUGGGUCAACCUUUGCUUUAAUCCUUGGCGCUGAUAAUGGCACAAAGUUCGGUAUUACGUAUACAGUCGGUAAUAUCAUUUCAUUAUGCAGUUCCGGCUUCCUCGUUGGUCCACAGCAGCAGUUAAAACUCAUGUUAAAACCCGUUCGUCGGAUUGCAACUCUUCUAUAUCUUGUCAUGAUUAUUGUUGUCAUGAUUGUUGCGCUCGUGACACCUCAAUUUGGAUUAAUUGUACUUUUCCUCGUACUUAUUCAAUGUAUCGCUGCUAUCUGGUAUUCCGCAAGUUAUAUUCCAUAUGGACGCAAGAUUCUUGCAAGCAUUGCGAAAAACGUCUGUGGUACAGCGUUAUAA